UGUACGUAUGCGUCGUCAGUCAGUCACCGUACAUACAUACACGUAUACGUAUGUAGGUAUCUAUGCAUUCGUUUCACGUAGACAGACACACAGACAGACACGAGUGAGUGUAUGUGAUGUAACAAGUCAGACAGACAGACGACUGACUGACUGACUGGUGUCCCGUCACACACACACAUUGUCAGAGGUACAUAGGCAGGUCACGCACUCACUGAUUGUUUGCGAUAGACAGACACACACACAUACAUAGUCGACCCGCCAGGCCUUCCAUCCUCCCAUCCACCAGUGCACUCACUCAUGGCCCCGCUCCCCACCCACCGGUGGGUGACCUGACCCAUCCGUCCCGUCUGUCUCACAUGUCUGUCACGUCAUUCAUUCAUCCCAUUUUGGGUCUGGUAUCGAACAUCCUGCCGUUGGGGAACAUGUGCUGCAGCUCAAUGAAUCGGUGGUUGCUGCUGUAGCGGACCAUCAGGGAGGCCUUGAAAUACCCGGCAUCGUGCCACGCCUUCAUCUGCUCGGCGGUAAACUUGCCCUGCACGUUGCUCUUGGGAUCCACAUACCUGCAACAAUACAUACAAUCCAGAGGGAGGCCAGGCCACAUUAUUGCGAUGACCGUGUCCCUCCAUCCCUCCCUCCCGGGCCGCAGUGCGUGUGGUGUGGUAUUGUAGCUUACUCCCAGCAUCUGUCUCUGAGUGGGUCUGCCACCUCGUGUUGGUUUGCGAUGGGGGGCGGCCGGGACCCCAGCAACGGCCGGAAGGAAGGGUCACUCGUCAGCGGCCCGCGGUAACUCCCACCUGACACAUUUUGCUGCUGCUGCUGCUGUUGUUGCUGCUGCUGUUGCUGGAUGGCCAUGCCGAUGGUACCACUGUCGAACCCGCCGCUGGCCAUCGGCUGGGGGGCGUAUGGCCGGGCCCUCUGCUGCUGCUGCUGCUGCUGCAUGGUGGUGUGUUGGUCCUGCUGUUGGAUGGGAGGCUGCUGUUGGAUGGGAGGCUGGGCUUGCUGCUGCCGAUAUGUGGCGGUCGGGGCGAACUGAGAGGGCAUCUGGCCACCGAUACCAGCUUGUGGCAGCUGUUGCUGCUGCUGCUGCUGCUGUGGUGUAGGUAGUCCCUGCUGCCUGCCGGGUGGCUGGUGCUGUGUGAAGGGGGAGGGCUGCGGGGGGCGGGGGGCGGAGCUUGACAAGGCAGACAAGACACCAUUCCAGUCGUCAGGGCCGCCUCGCUGAUGCUGCUGCUGCUGCUGCUGGUGGAGUGGCUGCUGGACCUGCCGGACGUCCUGCAUGGCCCUGUUGGAUGGCUGCAGGGGGGCCGGUGCCUGUCCACCGGGGGAAGGAUAGUUGGGACGCUGCUGCCGUAUCAUUUCUUGCUGCUGCUCUUGGGGGGUCUUGGUGGUGGGCGGGAAGGGGGCCUGUCCGAAGAGCUGAUGGCCCGGUCGCAUGGCGGCAGCAGCGGCGGCACUGGGGUCUUGGGUAGAUGGUGUGAAUAGAGUCCUGUGUGGGUCGGGUGAGGGUAUGUUGUCACCACCUGCCCCUGCCAUGGGAAGGAACCCCGGACCCUCACUCCCGCCAACACCACCCUUGGGCAGUCGACCUACAGGGGAAGGGGGCUGCUGCUGCUGCUGCUGUUGGCGCUGCUGCUGCUGAGUGGUGUCCGACGGCAUAACCGGCCGUCCAAUGGGCUGCUGCAGGGUACCAGUGGUGCGAAGGUCCGGCUGGCCGUACGCCGGGGCCGGGGGCGCACGCCACGAGCCGAUGGGACCAAUCGAACUGACACCACCUGACACGUCCAUCCCAUAUGGCCAUGGCACACAACACAACACAACGCAAAUAAAGACCAACAGUGAGUGACAAGUGACAUCGACAUGACAUCAAUCAUAUCUGAAGAUGUAUGGGGUGGGAUGCAUGUGGCUUUGCUGACCGACCGACCUUGUGCCACCUGCCCAGUGCCACUGGGCAUGUGUGGUUUGUCGUGUCUGUCUUGCCCCGCAGGUGGGCUGUCGGCUGGGGCGUCGGGCGGUAGUUUGCCCUUGUUGAUGUUGGCCAGCCAGCUGAUCAGAUUCUCACCCUUGGACCUGCUCGGCGGUGGCUGCUGCUGCUGCUGCUGCUGGUCCACUGGCGGCGGCUGUGGUGCAUUAGCAGGUGGGGGCGGUACGGUGUCAGGUGGGCCUAUGGGUCUUGGAGGGGCGCCCCCCGAGGCAGCCAGCAGGCCAUUGACUCUGCCGGGUGGCAGGGGCUGGGGGGCGGUCUGGGGGUGGGCAGAUUGGGAUGCGGACGUCGACAGAUAGUUGAGGGCAUUCCUCAACAGAUUCACGCGGCCCUCGCCACGCCCGUCACCCACAGCCCCGGCAGCAGCGGCCGCCGGUGGCUUCUGGUUGCUCAAUGCUGCCUCACUCGGGGAUGAAAUGGGGGGCGCCUGUGCGUCGGGGCCGCCAGCAGCAGCGUCCACCUGCUGCUGCUGCUGUGAUGGGCCUGGAGGGGUGGGGCGACUCUCGGGUGGUGGUGGUGGCUUGGCUUGUUGCUGGGCUGCUGUGUCGACGGUUGCCUUGGGCUUGGUGGGCUGACCACCCUCGGUGGGUGGGUGUUGAGGGGCAGGCGGGACUGCCUUGGGGGCAGCUGCCUCCGGGGUGGGAGCUCUCUUGACCGCUGGGGGGCCGCCCGACAAUCGUGUUGUCACGUCAGAUCUCUCAACAUCUGCAGAGGUCAUCGCAUCCAAGGAAGGAAACCAGACAGACAGACAGACGGAUGGAUGGAUGGAUGGAUGGAUGGAGGUUUCCUCUUGAGAUGUUUUGGUGCGUACGUACCUUUGUCCUUGUCCUUGACUUUGUCUGGGGCGGAAGUGUCUCUGCCAGCGUCCUCCUUGUCGCCCUCUCUGCGGUCCUUGACCUUGACAUCCUCGACCUUGGUCGGCUGUGCCUCGGAUGGCUCCCCGCCGGCCUCUGGUGGCUGCUCCUUGUCCUUGUCGCGCUGCUGAGCCUCCUUGUCACGCGCCCCUGCAUGCAUCAAUCACAUCAGGCAGGGCAGGCAACAAGCGAAACAAACACCACACCCACACAAACAUGGUGCUGUGACUGCGGUGGGUUGGGGGGUGAGGGUCUCUUCUCUGGUGGGUGGGUGGGUGGGUGGGUGGGUGGGCGUGUGAGUGGUGUGUGUAUGUAAUGUAGCGUGUGUGUGUCUUUGUUGUCUUGUGCGGCCGCACCUACCAGCAGCAGCGGCUCGUCGUGCCCCCGGAGGUCGGUACACUCCAGGCUUGGAUGUCGUGUCGUCCUCCAAAUUCAGAUUCGGCUUCUCGGGGGGACUGCAGUGCAGUGCACGCAACACAAGACGGACAGACGUACAGGAGAGGAGACAUACAUACAUACAGCAGACAUGGCCCGUCCGGGCGGGAUGGAAGCGUUGGUUGCCUUUUGCCUGACUGACCUGUAUACGCCUUCCACUUCAGGUCUCCAAGCGACCUCAAACACCUCCGAAAACUGCUGACUCGCCAACACCUUACCUGGACGGACAGCACACAUAGCAAUGAACGAACAGGCAGCCGAAGCACACGCGCGUCGGCAAUGAGUGCAGUGCAUGCCGUGCGGUGAGAAGAGGUGGGCCUGGCCUGUUGUCCCCCCCAGCUACCCAGAGGCAGGCCCACCUUCACAGUUCCAAAUGGUGAAUCCGUUGUCGACUCUUCGUCUGGGUGCGAGGACGGCCGUGAGAAAGUGCCGGCCGUCAGGAGCCCAGUCACACGAUACAGUGCACGCGGCCUUGGACGAACAUAUCUUGCGCAUCGUACGAGCCGCCGCAUCGCGAUACCAGAAGUCCAUCUCACCUGUUCAUGUGACACACACACACACGCAUCAAAUCAACCCAUGGAGGGAGGGAGGAGGAUGGGAUGAAUGGGCCCGCUUCCGUGGCUGGCUGGCUGGCUGGCUGGUGGGUGGGUGGGUGUGGUCGACUGACCGGCGAGGUUGGCGAAGCCGCCGAUGCACACGAUGGACCCAAAUGCAUUCCACCUGCACAAACAACACAACACAACACAGAAUACACAGGUGUGUCUAUCGACUGCCGUGUGGGUGUGGUGUGGUGUGGAGUGGUGUCGUGGUUGUGCAGUGCAGUCAGUCAGUCAGUCGGCCUGCCGACCCACCGACCGUAUGGUGUUGCGAUAUGCCUUGCCGAAGUCGAAUCGCUGCUCGCACUUCUUGCCAUCAUAUAACACUAUCGCUGAUGGAGGGAUGCAUUUCAUUCAGACACCCAGAAGGCAGACAGAAUAAACGACCAUGAUGUCAUUCAUGUGGUGCUAUGCUAUGAAUACGUGUCAGUCAUUCGUCGUGUGUGUUGUGUUGGUUGAUUACAUGCGGGUGUGGCGCCUGAGAUGAGAAUAAAUUCGUCUCUGACGGGGCUCCACUUGACGUCGGAUGCGGUGCCGAUGACCUCUACCUCCUUGACUGCCACCUUGUCCUUCAGGCCCUGACGGAUGAGCGACUCCAGCUGCACCCACCACACCUUGCUCUUGCCGUAGUAGAAACAGCCAGACUUGUCCUCGUCGUUGUGCGUGUGCACCAGCAGCGCGUUGCCCGACGCAGACCACAGCAGGUCCACCUCGUCGGCCGUCACGUCAGCACUCACACUCGCGUCGACUGGCGGCGGGGGGCUGACACCCAGCUUCAUGCCGCCCCCACCCUGCAUGCCGCUCAACACACUCGCAGGCGGGGCCCGCACCGCACGCAGCGACUCCACGGUGGUCUCCUCCUUGACUACCAUGUCGUACACCUGCACACUCGCGAUGCCCUUGGCCUUGGACUUGACGAACGCCGCCAGCAUCAGCCUCUUGCCCUUGGUGCCAACGCCCGACGACGACGACGGCCCAUCGAAGCCGUUCUGGCGCGCAUGUGCGUGAGAGGGGCCGGGCGAGGACGGGAGGAGGGCCGUGGUGUCGAUGGGGGCGAUCUCGAAGCAGCAGAGGUUCUCGAUGGGGAUUCGCAUCUUCAUGGUGCCCUUGAGGGUGCCGUCGUAGACACGGAUCUCGGGCACAGCCGAACCCCUCGGGCGCGGACCGGGGCUCGAGUUGGGGCUCUGCACCGCCGCAUUGGUGGGGGCCGUCAGGGCCGCCCACUUGUCCUUUGGCGGGGGAGCGGUCGUCGUGGUCCCACCACCCUCCCCACUGCCCUCGUCCUCUCGACUGGUGUCGUCUGUCGUCUGUCCAGCUGCUCCAUCGGCCAUCUUGUCAGUGUCGUCUGCAGGAGGCGGCAGUGCGUUGGCAUUUGGGUUGGCUGUGGCGGUCUGGUUGGCGCUGGUGUCUCGGUCGGGGACGAAGAAGAUGCAGCACAGCUGCUCAUCUGCCGUCCAUCGCAGGGCCGGCCAGUGGUACUUGGUGGGGAUCCUCUUGACGCUCAGCGACGCGACCUUGCGGCCGUCCUUGGUGGUCCACACGAAGGUGUUGCAGGGCGCCCACACUAUGCCAUCGGACGGUGGGGGCGAGGCAGGUGGGGGGGCCGCAGAUGGGGACGGGCCGUUCUCGAGCACCGACAUCUGCUCCUCGGGCACAAACAGGGGAUCUACACACAUACAAACAUACAUACAGGCACAGCACACAACACAAGACACGUACACAACUGGGGGGCGGGUGGGUGGGCGGAUAUCACCGACCGACCGACAUGAUGGAUGGAGGCCAGACGUGAUCUGAUCACCCACUGGACUGACCUUUGAGUGGCAUGGUUUGCUGCUUUCCAUCCAUGGGUGCGUAGGUGACGAGGUAGGUGGACAGCGGCGACCAGUGGAUGCGAUUGACUGCCGUGCCGUCCCCGCCAGGGAUCAGCACCGACCUCUGCAGGCUAGAGGCGUCCACUGGCGUGGGCAUGGCCCCUCCAGGCCCGUCCAUGUCAUCGCGGUGGGAAGACUUGCCGCCCUGUCGUCGUCUACCCAUAUCCCACGACGGGUGCUGAUGGAUCGAUGACACGUGUGCACAAUGAUCCAAUGAAUCGAUUGGCUGGCGUGUGUCUGCCCUGUUUUCUUGUCCUUCGUGCAGUUGUGCAAGUGUGCCGUGCCGUGUGGUGUGGUGUGGUGUGGUGCGCACCCGUAUGAUGGAGACUUCCCUGUUGGAGCCGACAGAAGCCAGCGAACUGCCGUCCGUCGCCCAAGACGCAAUGUCGAUCUUACCAAGCUGAUACGACCGAUACACACGGGCAGAAACACACAUGCACAAACCGUUGGCAGGAGAGCACGAGUGGCAAGAGAGCAACGAGCAAGCCUGUUCUCUCUCUGUGUGGUCGAUGCGAUGCUCCCUCUCUCAAGGCUUCCGUCCCAAAUCCAUAGGUACGUACCUUGACAUCAUCCCAUUUGUCGUCUCCGUCGCCCUUGGAGAAUACGGUGCACCCGUCGCGGCCUCGUAAGAGAAACGACACGCUCGGACAUCGCGGUGGCUGAGGCAUACCGGACGGACCCACCAACACACCGACCGACCGACGGGCAAACACGCACCGCACUGACUGACUGGCACACCGACCGGCCGGGCCGAGUGGGUGGGUGGGUGGGUGGGUGGACGGGAGGGAGGGAGUCUCCUCACUCACUCACGGACGCACCGCACCGCAGCAGUGGCACUAGCUGUACGAGAGGAUGGCGGAUCGAGGCAGGCCGAGGGCAACGAGGGCACGACGACGACGGUGGACGAGAUGCAACAACACGCAACCGACCUGAAGGCCACGCAACCAGCCUGCCGUUCACAGACAGAUGAAGGAAGGAUGGAUGCAAUUAGCCACACACGCGGCGCUUGUCUUUUGGCACUCUCACCCAGGGACCCUCUGUGAGAGUUCGGGUCAGGCAGGGCAGGCUCGGCUCAGCGGAGCUGUCCUCUCCUCGUGCUCCGCUUCUCCCGCAACUCGGCGGCCGCGCAACCACAGUGUCGCCGCCCGCAGUCGCGGAUCUAACCAACAGCUUCGCGGUUUGCUUUGGUACUCC